AUGAACCAGGACAGACGACGGCUGCUUGACAAGAACUUGCUCACAUUCUGUCGGGAUCUUGAAGUAGAUGAAGUGGGAUUGUUUCUCAUAAGUGAAGGCAUUUUCAAUGAUUGCAUAUUGGAGAAAGUAACAUCAUGUUCGACUCCCACAAAAUCAAGACAAGCUCUGAUAAAGGCUGUGAAGGAAAGAGGUGAUGUGGCCUUCGAUACAUUCUAUUUGGCUCUCGUCAAUUCGCGUCAAAAACAUCUGGCGUCUCUUCUCAGACCACUGGUGUCUGAAGCUGUUUUCCAAUCUCAAGAGAAUUGCGAGAAUGUCCUUGUGCAUUCUUCUCCACACAAGCUCAGCUUCUCGGCUGUCAAAGAAAAUUUCGAACUCACAUUGAAUGGGCUAAUCAAAGAUCUGAAAGUGGAGGAAGUGGACGGUACAACAGCUGAAGAACAGCUCAAAUUAUAUGAGAACAAUAAAGAUUCUAUUUAUGCAAAUUUCUCUUCACCCAAAGGGCUUUGCCUCAUAAUUAAUAAUGAAAAAUUCGAAACGAUGCCUGCUCGUAAAGGAACUCACGUUGAUAAGAUCAACGCCACCAACUUAUUUACGCAAUUAGGAUACAAAGUGAUUGUUAAAGAAAAUUUGAUGGGAAUUGAAAUGAUGAAAGCCAUUACUGACUUCGCCAAAGAUCCAAUGCAACUCAAAAGCUCUUCUGUUGUUGUCAUUGUGCUCACUCAUGGAGAACAUGAUAUCAUACUAGGAAGCGAUGAUCAGCCUGUGCAUAUCCAUAAUUUCACUUCCGCUCUCAAUUCUGUCAGCGCACCUCAUCUGACCGGAAAACCAAAACUGUUCUUCAUUCAAGCCUGUCGAGGGGAACGAUAUGAUAGAGGGAUUGCUUCAACUGAAAGAGACGGAACACAAUCUGAUGCAUUUCGCUUGUUGUCGUGUGUGUUGGGUACAACAGAAAAACCCCAGAAUAUCCGCCAUCUACCUACAGAAGCUGAUUUUUUGGUAGCAUUUGCAACACCGCCACAUUUCGUAUCCUGGAGGAACAGUGAACGGGGUAGCUGGUUUAUUCAAGGAAUCUGUCAAAUAUUUUCCCGUUUUGCCAUUAGCCAUACAAUUGUGGAUAUGCUGACGAUGGUCAAUGAAAAAGUCUCGCAAAACCGAACAUCUCGAAGUGAGAUGCAGAUACCUGACUUCACGUGCCGACUGCGGAAGAAGUUUUAUUUUUUUCCUGGCGUCAUCAGCGGAACUGCCGUCUAA